GAUAAUGGUGGGGAUAAUAUAUACUACACCAUCAUAAAUAUUGGGUUAUAAAUUAAGCUGUGGCCAGUGGUUUAUGAAAGCGUCUAGUUUUCACGGAAGUGUAUGAGCUUACCGACAUAUGAAUCCACAUCGUUAAAUGUUGCCCCAGAACUUACUCGUACAACCAGUCCCCCAUAUAUAUAAUACUCUCACCAGCUCCAUUUCAUUAUCCUCUCAAUCAUAUCAUCCCACUUCACUUAUUUUUCUCUGACAUUUUUCUCAUGGUACAAUCAAAGAAGUUCCGAGGUGUCCGCCAGCGCCAUUGGGGCUCUUGGGUUGCUGAGAUUCGCCAUCCUUUAUUGAAGAGAAGGGUGUGGCUAGGGACAUUUGAAACGGCGGAAGAGGCGGCGAGGGCAUACGACGAAGCUGCGGUGCUAAUGAGUGGCCGGAAUGCCAAGACAAAUUUCCCAGUCCCCCCACAAGCACCGCAGCAAACAGAUGAUAAAAACAACAACACCGAAAAAGAUAAUCCUGCACAGCUUCAAUUGGGAUCAUCUUCCUCAUCGUCGUCGUCUUCCUCGCUUUCCACUAUUUUAAGCGCAAAGCUUCGAAAAUGCUGUAAGUCUCCAUCCCCUUCACUAACAUGCUUAAGGCUGGACACCGAGAAUUCUCAUAUUGGAGUGUGGCAGAAGCGAGCCGGGCCACGUUCGGUUUCCAGCUGGGUCAUGACAGUUGACCUAGGAAACAACAUCAGUAACAGUGGUACUCAACAAGAACAAGAUGUUCCGGCUGCUGAACAAGCGGCAGCUUCACCGAGCUGCAGCACAGCAGCUAGAAAUAGUGAUGGAGUUGAAUGCGGUAAUUUGGAUGAAGAUGAGAGAAUUACACUUCAAAUGAUCGAAGAACUUUUAAAUUGAAAGAAGCAAAUUAAAAUGGGUGGAUCUUUAAUUUUACUACAGGUGUCUUCGAGUAAAAUUGUACAGAUUCACGAAUACACGAGGUCAAGUACGUGCAUGGUGUGGCAUAAUGAUUUAUUUACGUGAGCAAGUGUGAACUUUUCCUAAUUGGUGACUCAUGUGUAGAGAUAUGCAAUUUAUUAUUACAGACUGUAUGGGUGUCAUAAAUAAAAAGAAUCAGGUUUUGUGUUAAUAUCAAUUUUUUUUCUUUGUAUUUAUUUGUUUGAAAUUAUGUUGUAUAUUCAGUCCGUGAAAAUAUAUAUUCAUAGAAAGGUAUUUUGGGAC